UCCCAUCACAAAACCUGAACUUUCCUCCCUUGUUAAGGAUCUUGCAAGGGAAACAAUGAAGAAGGCUGCAAUACCUGAAUCCAUAGUCAUCACUAAUACAUCCCCUACCAAAUACACGAGAAAAUUUUGGUUUGACGAUGCAUGUAUUGUUGAUAUGGAUCACUUCAUUAAAAACCUUUACACUGUUAAAGAGAAAGGAGUUAGACCUGAUUUCAUUUCAUCCCUUAUCGCAAAUGAUGCAUCAAAAUGGUUCCCUGAUCUUUCCACCGAAGAACCCAUCAGAAGUCCUCCAACUUUGACAGGUUCACCUGAGAGUGUUACAAGUUUGUGGAUGAAGAAAAAAAUCUUUGUUGAGACUUUAGUGGGAAUACUUCCUCCCGAGAAAAAUUCCGUACCUUGUGACUUCUUACUCAGGCUACUCCGAACAGCAAAUAUGGUUGGAGUUGAGAUGAACUAUCGAUAUGAACUUGAGAAAAGGAUUUCAUUGCAACUCGAUCAAGCUACUCUAAAAGAGUUAAUGAUACCUGCUUUUGAUCAUACCUGUGCGACUUUGCUAGAUGUUGAACUUGUUCGCCGUUUGGUGCACAGGUUUCUCAACCUGGAUAGUGCAUCGAAGAGCCGCACUUCUCUGGUUAAGGUUGCGAGACUGAUCGAUGCUUACCUUGCAGAAACUGCUCUGGAAUCAAAUUUGACAGUGUCGGAGUUCAUUUCACUUGCCGGAGCUCUUCCUAAUCAUGCCCGUAUAGCAGAUGACAGGUUGUACCAAGCCAUCGACACCUACCUCAAAGUGCAUCCAAGCGUGUCGAAACAAGAAAGGAAAAUUCUGUAUAGGGUGAUCAACAACCAGAAACUCUCGCCUGAAGCGUCAUGCCAUGCUGCACAAAACGAGCGGUUACCUGUGCGUGCAAUAACUCAACUUCUGUACUCUGAACAAAGAAAGCUCAACCGUCAAUUUGAUUUGAGUGGUUCAUGCAAAGGACUUCGAAGUCCAAACCCUCCUCCUCCUAAGCCUCUGGUACAUUGUCAUUCAAAACGCAACAUGGAAAAUCAAUAUAUGGAGAUAAGGAGGUUACGUGAAGAUGUUCGUAUGCUUCAGAAUCGGUGCAACUCCAUGCAAGGUGAGAUAGAAAGACUCUCUCAGAAAAAGAAAAUGAUUUUCAAAUGGAAAAAACUAGGAGUUCCUUUAUUUCAAUCUGUUAGUGCGGUGGGGAGGAUCGAAGACGGCGAAACAGAAGACAAAUUCGAGGUGGAUCAGCAGCAAACACCAGUCAGUAUGAAAACAAAGCUUGUGAACUUCUUCGUUAAGAGUCCUGGGUCGCCGUUUAUGGCAUAACUAUAAUUUUUAAUUUAUUUUUAGUUUCAUAUGUUCUUGUCGUACAAGUGACCGUCUUUCCCAAGCCUAUUAAGGCCAUUCCAAUUUAUUGUCCCGGUAAGUUUUGUGAUUAAUAAAAACUAAAUUUUUAA